GCAUGGAGGGGUUCUCGAUCUAUUUGCUAACUGGGCACCUAUAGUUGAUUCGGCGCUUCAAUACGGAGAAGUAUCACAUGUUUGUACCACAACCCAAAAGCAACUGAGAAGGAGGUCAGCGAUGCAUACAAAGCGUAUAAGGACUUCUAUGUCAAGUACCAUCAAGACAGCCCUGCAGCAGUCACAGACUGCUAUGAAUAAUUCCUCAAGACGCAAGGUAAGCAGUGCACGUUUUAUUAGGAGGAUAGAGGAGCAACGGGGAGAAGAGUUUGAAUACUGUUACUGGUUUUGUGCUAUAUUGCAAGAGAGCUUGACUUCAACUGCCUCACAAGAUCCCAGCAGGUUGUUUGAUCUGAAUUAUGUUAGGAAGGCUUUUGACUGCGAGUACACAAACAGCAGUGAACUUCGCUCUUCAUUUUUUAGAUAUCUGGAGAUGUUUACUAGUACGUACGAUCAAGACAAAUACUAUUCACCAUAUGUGACCUUGAUACAAGCGAGCGAGGUUAGAAAGUCACGACUAUUGAAGGAGAUUGGAAAUGAUGUCUUUGUAAUAUACUCAUGCUUCCAUGAGAGUUCCGCCAGUGGAGGUUUUCUGGAGCGUUCGAUCUACGCCAAUAAUAUUUUACACACAGAAGACGUCAUAAGUACUCGCCUUCAGUGGACAGCAUAUUUAUACGCAUGCUUACAAGAGCUAACUGAUGCUCAAAUAGAAUAUGAGCAGUAUUGGGCAUAUCACCAGUCAUCUGAAGCUCAAAACAGUAUCAAAAAUAGAACAAACAGCAUCUUUCGAUCUCUAGAGAACUGUUGUAAUAAAAUUGAGGAAGAGGAAGUGCAGUUGAGAAUCAAAACCGAGCUCAGAAAGCAUUAUGAAAAUUUUGUUGUGAGGUGUAAGGAAAAGCUUGACCAUAUUCUAAGCAAAUUAAAAUUAGUCUUCGCAUUCAAUGAGACGCGGUAUUUGCUUCUAUCUGCAGAAAAACCGAUAGACCGCUAUUACUGGCUUCGGAUCAUUUUGCGUACUCUUGCUGAAGUGCAAUAUGCAGAUUAUUGUAUCUUUGCUGUUGUAACGGACACGAUGGGAAAACUGUCCAAUUUUGCACCGCAGGGUAAACAUGAUCCUUCUUUACGAGUACAGAGUGGGAGUCAUGAACUGUACCCUCUGUACUAUCUACUCGAUACGUUCAACAUCCAUAUUCGUAAGGCCGCUUUGGAACCAAGGACGUUGGAUAAAGCUGCAAAAUGCGACUAUAUUUUCCGAUUUGGCAGGCCUUUAUGGUAUGCACAGUUGUCAUCAGCUGCUGAUCCUGAGUAUCCUGUCCGUUUAGUAAGGCUAGCAAUGGCAAAACUUGGGUUUGCGUAA